ACACACUUUAGACACUUACUUUGUUUAUCGACACAAUUGCUUGUCUGUGUCAUAGUAGCAGAUUUAUUGUAUAAAGUAAUAAUACUAGUUUGCUACAAUAUCUUGUUUAUUCAGUUUUCAUGAGAGAAUUACUGAAAACCCCAACCUUUUUUUGCUUUACUCAUUAAUUUACUCAAAGGGUUGUGUUAGAUAAUUAAAUACCAUGAUGAUACUUUAUCCUUUCGUCUAAAACUGACCUUCCUUACUUUGAUCAGUGGGGGGCGCCGACAUAUCAUGUAACAGAGUCUGCGCAUUGGACCCACGUGUAGUCGUUAUUUCCUGUAAGGGGGUGGCCUGAUCAAUACACUGAAAGAUUUGUUUUGAACCGUUUUUAAGCUAUGGAUGAAUUACCUGCAGACCUCCAAACCUUUCUUCUUAACCAUCCUUUUCUUCAGCUUACAGGUGGCAAGAAGAUCAAAUGCACUCUGAAUGGCCAUGAGUUUCCAUGCAACCUGACGGAGCUACAGGCGUUUACGAAAGGGAAGAAAUAUGAGAAACUGAGUGCAGCAGCUGAUUUCAACUACAGACAGUAUGAACCACAAAUUGUACCAAGCUCAAAACAACCCAAUCAGUUAUUCUGUAAACUGACCCUCAGACACCUCAACCGGCAGCCGCAUCAUGUCCUAAGACAUGUCAACGGGAAACGCUUCAAGAAAGCCUUCUCCAAAUAUGAAGAGUGUGUGAAGGAAGGGAUUGAAUACGUUCCAGCCAGAAUGAUACAGAAAAGGCCCAGAGACAUUGGAGAGGAGGUCAAUCGGGGGAGGUCCUCAAAACAUGGGAAUAACUCAUCCAGUGACGAGGAUCACAGCGACUCAGAAGACAGCAUGAGUGACCUGUACCCUCCUACUAUGUUCAAUGUAAAAAACGAGGCGGAAGAAACUAUGGCGGGUGAUGGGGCUAAGGAGGAAGACGACUUCCAAACAGAUGAAGAGGAGGGAAUGGAAGUGGAUACGCAGGUGCUGCAGCAGAAACGCAAGAAGGCACAGGGCGGUGGUUUGCAGAAGAAAUCCAAAAAUAACUUCAGUAAAUCAGGGCGUAAGAAACCUGGAAAAGUGCCAAAUGGAAAGUAAAGAGUGAAACCAUAUAUACAUAUAGUAUUUUUAUACCUGAUAGUAUGUCAGGGAGCAACACUGCACUUCCAGUUUGGAGUAGUUUCCAUUUCUGAGCCAGACUGAACUUUGCAUAGGUGAACAUCCAGUUUUCAUAUUUUCUGCAUAUGGAAAGUCGUCUGUUUUCCGAGUUGUGAUGUUGCACAGUUCCUAAGAGGCUGCUGUACAGUAUUCAAAAUGGAAACUGCGUUGGUGGCGGUAAACGCAUUAUUCUAACUGGAUAAGUUGUAUUGUCUGGUUUGCAACCAGGUGUUCUAGUAUAAAAUAUAACUCAAUUUGGAUUUACAAA